AACCUACUCUGUGGUGAUUCAACCCAUGCAGAUUCACGAUAUGAGAUGCGUCUUACGAAGCUGCUUAAUAUCUGCUUGACUCCGGGAGUUGUUUGAAGAUCCUCGAGACAACCCCUGCGAACGAGACCUCAAACCCACCCUGUCUUGGUCCCUUUCUUACUGGCUCCCUCAUCCGCUGUCUUAAAAUUUAUGUUUCUGAGUGACGGCCGUUUUCUCCCCAUCAAGGAAGUUAGUAUUCCUUUUGACCCUUUUUUCUGGAGAGGUAGAUAAUACCCAGUUUUCCCGUGGCUGUGCCGUCUUUCACCUAGCGAACACCGCUUCUCCCGCCAGUUCCGUGCCGCAAUCGAAAUUCAAACCAAGGAGAUCCGUGACACUGAAGACCACCAUAUCUGGUCAGAAGAAAAGAGUCCCCACUAAUCGUGUUAUAUUUGAUCGGAACGUCUUUCGUCCCUCACGCCCCCCUCAAGGUAGCCUAUGGUUGGACAGGCUACUCAACCGGGAGCCCGGAAGCAAAGCGUGUUUUUACACGCUGGAACAGGUACCCGCUCUAUCGAAAAUGACGCUUGUCCGCCUAUGAUCACGAAAGGUGAAGAGGUUGCCAUGGAAGACUCCCAGGUGUCGACGUCUGCGCGCCAAGCACCGAACGCACCUUCGGUGUCGCAGGCGGUUUCGAUGGCGUCGGGCAACCGAAAGAACGAGGUCGAACUGCUGCGGACAGCCAUUCUGAAGUCUCGCGCGACUGUGGCCAGCAGAUGGAGGGGAAGUGCCUGUGUCCCUGGUUCUGUCACAGGGGCGGUCAAGAACUCUGCAGAGUUUCCCGCUCAGCCAUUUUCUGGUGAGACGGUCGCAGGGGGGAGUUCUGCUCGGCAACGGGGAAAUGCUGACGCGCAGGUUGACUCUGAGAAAUUAGAGACUGUGAGUGCACGGAAAUCGCAAAUAGUUGAUUCCGGAAAACACGACACACCGUCCAGAAACUCUGUCCGCACGUCAGGUGGCUUCGCACAGGAGGGCGAAAUGCCAGCAGCGCCGGCGGGGAAUCCGGAAAAGGGGGGUUGGUUGGCAAAGGGGCGCGCGCUAAAGGCUCAGAUGGCAGCAGCGAAGACGACACCGCAACAGCCCUUGGUGCUGAAGGUGGCGAAGCGAAAAGCGAAUCCACCAAAGGCGAACAAAGCUAUGCUAAAGCGGGUGGCGUUCCCGAAUCAAUCGAAAGAAGGCCCUCGGCGGGUGGACGCAGAGAGGGAAGCCCCAGAUCCCGAUGUGCUUUCUUUGCGCCGUCUCGAUACCUGGAGAUUGCUGACCAAGGAUCUCUCUGCUUCUCGCACUCCGUCGUUUCUCCGCAGUUCAUCGAGUGACGUCAUCGAUAAUGCGGAAGAUCUGAAUCUCACGGGGUCGAACAUUUUCCCCUUCUUCUCGGGCUCGGUCUCAACUUCGGACGCCAGCGUCGCGUUGUCGGAGCGACUGAGAACAGUCAGAGAUUCGGACGCGGGAUCCGCGUACAUGUACCAGUCUUUGCCUGCCGGUGGAGAGCUGAGUCCUUCCCUCUCGGUCUCUCCGUUCUCUUCCACAGCAGGGCCGUCUAGAACCUCGGCCUCGUCUACUAAUUCGAGACUGAAGCGGCAAGACGUGCAAACUGCCGAGGAGAUAGAGUCAGGAGAGCCCGAAGCAAUGGAAGUGAAGGAAGAAGUCGCGCCAGAACCGGCCGGAGAGAGCGGAGAGGUUCCCUUUGCAAACGUUGCAGGGUACAGUGGGAAUCUGCGAUUGCCGUCGGUUUUAGAGGAAUCACAGGAAUACUCCACAUCCGCACGCCUAGGGUCGAGAGGUGAAGAGAGGCCCGAUUCUCCUGCCCCUCGUCCGCGUUCUGGAGCUCCGAAGAAACAACCAAAGAAAAAAAAACUGGAGCCGCUCCCGGCUGAUGGUUCCGUCGAGCCAUUCGUUGAGGAACGGGCAGCAGAAGAAGAUUUCGACAGAGAAGCGAUGCUGGACGACUUUGAUAUUCCGUCGACAGCCACAGGGCUCUCCCCUGCCGUCGAGCGUCUGCGGCAGGAACGCGUGGCUCUCGCACGUUGGGUUCGUCGACUGAGAGGAACGGGGACGGCUAUGCAGCAAAAGCACAUGCGCGUGGAGAAGUAUUUGAAACCCCACCAGGAUCUGCCAGGCCUAGACAUCAAGCUAGCUGCGAACUAUCCUCCUGCGGCCUUCGAGCCACCUCUGACUGAGGCCGUGGAAGCGCGCGGCGAUCGCAUGGAAGAAAUUCUGAUGAAAGACGCCCAGAUGCCGAGCGCGAAGGUUUGGCAACUGGAGCAGACGAAUCGGCAACGUCUCAAGCACCUCGCUCAACAGAGGAAACACAUCAGCAUUUUGCAGAGAGCUCUUCGGAAGUCUCAACGCGAGACAAGGGCCGCGGAGCGUAAACUGCGAGGAGACGAUGAAACCUCUUCUUCAUCUGAGAGCAGUGCCCCCUCGCCUAGAGAGGCAGAGCGCCUCAUCCUGCAGGAACAAUGCGAGAGCCUCAUGGACCGCGUGAAGGCAGAGACAGCGCACCGUGAAUCUUACCAGAGAGCUUGGUUCCUCGAACAACGCCAAAAAGAACGCGUUGCUGAAAAAUACAAUGUCCUUCAACGCAGACUCAAAGCUGCACAAACUGUCACUCGCAUGGAGCAGGCGAAGCAGGAAGAGAAACAAGAGAACAUCGACGAUUUGAAGGCACGACUCGGAGAAAGGAUAGAAGUUUUGCGCCGCGUCACGGGCACCAGUGAACAGUACGAGUACGAACUUGUGAGGCUGCAGCGACGGUACGAGGCGCUAGCGAGUUACUUGAAAGAGUCGCAAGAAAAGGCUUCUUCCUUCGAGGAAGGCCUUCGCGAGGCGCGGUCGAGUCUCGAGCACGAGACUGCGCUUCUUCAGAUCGAAAAAAAUAAAAGCCUCAAUCUUGGCGAGCGUCUUCGCGAACGCGAAAAUGCCAUGGAACGCAUGAAGAUUGAACUGCGUCUGGAGCAAGACCGAGUGCUUUCGCGUGAGCAAACAAUUCAAGAGUUGCGGGAUUCCUUGAACGAAAAUGCGCAGCUGUUGCUGCAGGCGAAAGACGAGUUGGUGGCGGAGCACGAGAGGGCAGAAGAAGAGCGCAGGCGUCAUGAGCAGACGCUGAUUCAGGCGAAGACUCUCCAGAGCAACCUGCUGGAAGCCCAGCAGACGAUCGACACUUUGAUGAGCGAGAAGGCCUUCGCGGACCAGCAGGAGGCUGCCUUGAAGCACCUUCAUGAGAACUUCUUGCUUCUUCUCGAGUCUUCGCAGAAGCAAAGCGACGUGCUAGAAGAAACCGUGGAGGCCAUGGCGAAGAAGAAGCACAAGGCGACGCAGCUGCUGCAGCGAGCGGUCGAAGAGAUCCAAUCCGGCAUCCACCGGCAAUCGGUAGAAGAAGAGAGACUGAAGGCCGACCUCGCUGCUGCCAAGGCUCGCCUCAGUGGCGCUGUCGAGGAACUCGAAGCAGAACGCGCCACGCAGGUCGAGACGAUGAAUCGCGCCCAAGACAAGUACAUGGAGGACCACGCGUCUUACCAAAAGACCUGUGAAGCAAUGCGCGGCGAGAUCGAGGAACAGAAGGCUCGCCUCGAGGCUUUGACGGCCGAUCUCCAGGAGGCGAAACGGCGUCGGGACGAACUGGAGAAAUGGGGAGAGAAGAUGAAGGAAAAAAAUGAAGCUCUCGAACGGAGAGUCGUCUCCAGUUUCUCUGCCCAGGGAAGAAGUGGCCGGGGCUCCAUGGUUCGUCUCGUCAAACGUCUUCAGCAGGGCGCAACUAUGGAGAGGGCCAAUGUGGGCAAAAAGAAAGUCGGCAAAAACUUCAUCAAGCUCACCAAAGACAUGCAAAUUGUUUGGACAAUGGAAACCAAGGACAAACUGGCGGGCUUCUACAAACAGAAGGCCAUCCGCCUCCAGCACAUUGUCGGCAUUGACUAUGGCACCGCGUCCGCCGCAUGUCGUUCACGCAUGGCGGCAGCAUCGAAGAGGAAGGAGGAAAUUUUGCCAUGGAGAUGCUUUGAAAUUCGGACUCUCUCGACUUCUUACCUUUUCACAGCUCAAUCCGAUGACAUCGCCGCAACGUGGGUUGUUUGCCUUGGUAGGCUUGUUUCCCAGUGGUCAGACGCGCCCAACAUAAAGACGCACAGGGAAGUGUGUGUCCGUCGAGUCAAGAUGAAGCUGCAGCGGUACUGCCAGGAAAAACGCAUUACCCCAAGAAAGAUGUGGCUCGACGCGAUUGCUAGGGCCUCCGGACAGCCAGUUUCUGACCAGCCCCGGCGAGCACGGCGUGCCGUCGCAGAGAAGAAAGGAAAGUGAUGUGUGUGCAGCACAUUUGGAAAUGACUGGGGUAGAAGGCAGAUUUUCGUUCGUUUCUGAAGCAAAGAGACUCAUGUGACAUGGAAUUAAAACGGAGUCUUUAAGUGCAAGUGCUCGUAGGCUGCUAGUCCAUCUCCCAGCUUGAAGUGUUCCCCCUGUCACACUUUCGCGAACAGCUAGGCAUCGAGAAAAGAAAAAUACUGGACGGAGGGAAUGUAACUGAAGACGAGGGGAAGGAUGGCUCAAAUGCGUUUCUCUUCCGAGAGUCCAUGACUCUUAUCGCGCCUGUGCUCAGUGUACCGCGUGCAACAACAAACGCUGUUGGGCAUGCGAAACGCGAGGAAAAUGUGCAGUGGAUGUGAUCUGAAGAACGGGAAGGGAUAUAAUACAGAUGGAGACCGCCCACUUGCAGCGACGUACCUGUUCGUGUCAUGCUCACGGGGUGCACGGUGUGGAAUACAGAAAAGAAAAAUCUCUCUUUCAAAGGCUGUCUUAUUCUCUGUCGAUCCUCGAUGCCGGAAAAGGGGGCUCGAAAAGAUUCGACAAAAUCCAGCAAGAGUGAGCGACGAUGACACCUGGAGUCGAUGUCUUGGACCAGAAGUAAUAAACGACAAAGCAGAUCUUUGGUUUGAGGCAAACGGGUGUACGCAAUCACGCGUUGCUCUCUUCCAUCGUGAGAACGGACUCGCACCAUUCUGCCCGGUGAAAAAACAUCUCUCAACAUUUCACUUCGAUGAGAAACUCAUCGUGCAUGCAAUACACACAAAGAAGACAGUGUGAUCGACAGGUCUUCUUUUUCGCAUGGGUUUGUGAAUUCUUCGAAGCAUUCUCAAGGCGAAUCGGGAUUACGACUUCACGAGUGAUGACUUGCGCUCGGGAGUGAUAUCCGUACCAUAUUCGGUCUCUCCAUCCAUA